AUGGAGUACAUCGCGGCGCAGGACGACGCACAUCCAGGCGCGCCGCUCAGCGUCGCCGCAGCCAUCGCACUCGGCCUGGUGGCCAGCUUCAUCCAGAGUCUCGGGCUAACCAUCCAGCGCAAGUCGCAUCUCCAGAACGAAUCGCUGCCACCCGCACGACGCUCCACGGAAUGGAAGCGCCCACUGUGGCUCGUCGGCUUCGUCAUCUUCCUGGUCGCCAACGUCGGCGGAACGGUGUUUCAGAUCGGCGCACUCCCCAUCGUCAUGCUCGCGCCGCUCGGAGCCGUCAGUCUGCUCUACAAUGCCGUACUCGCGCGCUUCCUGCUCAACGACCUCCUCUCCAAGUACAUGGUGAUGGGCACCGCGCUCAUCGCCUCCGGCGCUGUCUUGAUCGGCUACUUUGGCGUCGUCCCCUCGCCUCCACACAGCCUCGACGAGCUGCUCGACCUGUACGCGCGCCCGACGUUUGUCGCGUUUGCCACCAUCUUCACCUUUCUCUUUGUGGGCGUACUCACCGUGUCGCAUCUCGCUGACUGGCAGCUUCACACGCGCAUGUACCGCAACUCGCUCCCCAGCCGACCGCAGAAGCCCAAGCAUCGCACCAGUCACGGACUGCGCGGCCGUCUGCGAAGGCGGUGGUCCGCUCCCACUCUAGCACCCGUCGCCGAGGUCAACGAGAGCAGCUCCGGUAUCGCCACCCCCGUGCUCGCCGGGCGCGACGAGAUCAAUCGCCGCUCGACCGUCGGGCUCACCGCUUCUCCGCAGAGCGUCGUGUACGGCCGCACCAUUGUCGCCACACCCAUCCCGCCACUCGCUGCAGCCCCCGUCGGUGCACGCGACACCAACGGCGACGUCUCGUCGGCGUCGAGCGUCCACAAACAGGCAGAUACCAACGCUGCCUCGAAGCGCGACUAUGGAUCGCUUGGCAGGAGCGACUACGCCAACGCGCGCAAGCGCAAGAAGAGCAUCGACGUGCCGCGUCUCGAGCUCAGGGAAGCAGAGCAGCGCGUCGACGCUGAGACGGUGCGCCAGACCAAGCUCGGUCUCGCCGUCGCCUACGGCGGUGCAAGCGGUACGCUUUCGGGCGCGUGCCUGCUGCUCGCCAAGUCGGGCGUGGAGCUGCUCAUGCUCACGUUCGCCGGCCAGAAUCAGUUUGGCCGCUGGCAGAGCUGGCUGCUCAUCGGCAUCCUCCUCGCCGCAGCGCUGCUCCAGCUCUGGUACCUCAACAAGGCGCUCAAGCUCGCAGAUCCCACACUCGUGUGUCCGCUGGCAUUCUGCUUUUACAACACCUCGAGCAUCGCGCUCGGCCUCGUCUACUUUGACCAGAUCGGCGCGCUGGCGUGGUACGAUCUCGUGCUCGUCGCCGUCGGCACGGCCGUGCUGCUGGCGGGUGUGUGGACCGUGAGUCUGCACGGCAACGACGAUCCGUGCGACGACGAUCCAGAGACGCAGCCCCUGCUGGCGUCGCCCGCGUCGUCGGUGCGCUCGCGCCCGUCUUUCGACGCCGACUACGAAGGUUUGCUGGCGGCCAACGGCGCUGGGUUGGUAGGCCCACAUCUGCCUCCGGUCUCAGUGUCGCCGCACUCGUCGUCGUUUGUAGACCACAAUGUGGCGCCCCUGACGAGUCCCGAGGAAGCAGCCCUCACUCUGCCCGCCGCCGAAGGCCAGCUAGCGGACAGCGGCGCACCUAGGGUCGCGCCUCGCUUGGGUGCAACGCCUGCUCGGCGACGCUUUGGCUCGAGUGGUGCGCAUGCUCAGCGGCGCCCCACGAUCACGCUCGAGUUUCCGCUGCGCGACGACAUCUUUUCGCCCAAGCACGACGCAGCCUCGCCGGCGCCACACGAUGUCGAGGCGGAUGCGGGGCCAAGCUCGUCGCCUCCGCGCAGUCGCCGGGCCGAGGCGUCGCCCGAGGAGCACGACUCGCACGGCAGAAGACAGGGCUCGCUGUACAAUACCAUUCUCGAGCACGGCCUGUCGAUCGGCAUCAGUCCGAGCUCGCCCGGCUUCCAUCUGCAGCCGCGCUCGCCGUCGCUGUCGCGCGUCAACUCCAACUGGCAGCGGCCCACGCGCCAUCCGCAGCGCAGCAUGUCGGAAGCCGAUGCGCCCUCGACGCUCACGGGACACGGGCGCCGGGGCCAGCAGGGAAGCGAGGACUCGGUGGUUAGCAACGUGGGUGGCGAGGCGCAGGAUGAGGAUGCGGCGAGUUCUGGGUUUGGGAUUGCGCUGGAUCAGCUCGAUCUGAGUCGUAGGCUCGAGGCGGUGGGACUGAGUGCGGGCGCCAGGUGGUGGAAGCGCUUGAAACCGCGUUGGACGCGAUCGCGGCAGGUAGAGUCCGUCGCAGAAGAGACGGACGCAGACGUUUCAGACCGUACCGUCAUUAUCACCAGCAACAGCAACGGUAGCCUCAUGGCCGUGCAGCCCGACGACCAUCAGCCAACUCAAGGACUCGGCCUCGACCUUUCACAGAGCCGCGAGUCAUCCACCUGA